AUGCAUUCGAGCUAUUGUAAUUCCAAAGAAUUUAAGAAAAAGAAAUUAGAUAAAAAGCGUUUAGCUAGAAAUGAAAAUAAUGUUCUAGAGAUACGAGAAGGGGAUACUUACAAAACAGAAAUUGAUAUGCUUUGUCAAAACAUGCAGGAAACAGACGUUAUAUCCAAUCCUUUGAUUAUAGAAGAGCUGACUCAUGUCCAACAUAUCCAACCUUCUAUUCCAUGUGUUUAUUUCGACCUGGAAACAACUUCAUUAUCUCUGAACUGUGACAUUGUUCAAAUUUCAGCCAUAAACGAUAUGAAUGAAUUUGAUCAAUAUAUUACCCCUUCUUCAGGGAUAAGAAAAUAUGCCUCUGAAGUAACUGGAUUGUCUAUGUGUAACAACAUACUAUGUUACAAUGGCCGUAAAGUCAACUCAUGUUCACCACAACAAGGUUUACAGAAUUUUAUCAUUUGGUUACAGGAAACGAUACCAGAAAAAUGCAUGUUGAUCGGACAUAACGCAAAAAUUUUCGAUGCACCAAGAUUAGUUCUCUGUUUACAGAAAUUUCAAUUAUACUCAUCGUUUGAGGAAAAGGUUCUUGGUUUCAUUGACACACUACCUUUCUUUCGGAAUCAGUAUCCAGAUUUAAAAUCACAUAAGCAAGAAGUACUUGUAACUACCUUCUUAAAAAAAAAAUACAGUGCCCAUAAUGCAUCCGCUGAUGUUCAAAUGUUGAAAGAAUUAGUUGAAUUUACCAAAUGUAGCAUCACUGAGCUAAGUCCAUACUCAUUUACCACCACUUCGUGUGCUCUUUGCCUAAAACAAAGCACGGUAGCCAAGGCAAGACUGUUUACCUUAAAGCCUUACACAGAGAGAAACGUGAUUUCAGCAGCAAUGGCAAAAAAGAUAUCGGAUAGUGGUCUCGAUUUAUUCCAACUGCAAUUGGCCAAAAGAAGAGAUACAGACAAUGGCAUUAGACUAGUGCUGGCUGAGAAAAACACAUACGGAAAACCUCGUGUAACUGCCUGCAAAAGGGUAGCUACAAAGAUUUCAGAUUACCUGAAUUAA